GCUUUGAGACUGGAUAUUAUUCCGCAAGUGGGAAACGUUUGCUAGUAAUUAGACGGAUUAGACUUUCUGCUCCAGUUCCUUGAGCGAACUUUUUGUUUCGCGAGAAAGAUGGUGAAGAGGAAGGACAGGAUGGCGCGGCGGCAGAUCUUGCAGUUAAAGGAGGAGAAAAGCCGUGCGUAUUCGCCGCCAGCUAAGAAUCCAGCGAUUGGUCCUGCUGAGCCAUCGUUAAGUCAAGGAGAUAAUGACGAAGGCGACGCAGUUGAUGAAGCAAGCAAAAGCGAGCCGGCCUCGAAAAACGGGGUUCCGAGAGAUGCCAUAGACGACCAGUUGGAAGACUUCAUGAAGGAAAUUGAUGCCAUCUCAUCAGCCGUUCCUGAGACAGAUCCACAGGGCGAGGAUGAUAAGGAUGAAUUACCUGAUAAAGAGGCCACGACAGCCACUUCAGGCUGUCUUCCAGCUUCUGGGACACCUUCCGAAGAAGUCAGCAUCGAAGUGCCACAGUCAAAAGCAAACACUGUGGAUGCACCUUCAACCACUGAAGGCGAGGUUCCCGCAUGCCCCUGGGUAGAAUGCAUGGAUGAAGCAACAGGGUACACCUACUUCUGGCAUCAGUUGACCAAUGAGGUGACGUGGGACUGCCCUCCGGAGUAUGAAGCCUACUGGGCACAGUACGGGGAACCAGUUGAUGCAGAGAGCACUGUACCUGGACAUGGAGCCGCUGCUGCUGUUUCUUCUGCAACAACUUCAGGACUGAGUGAUGGUGCACAGGUGCUUCCUGAAACCUCAAGCAGUGCACCAGCGUCUUCGAUUGCUGUGACUUCACCUAACAGCAGUAAUUCCUUGAAUGUUCAAGCUGCUGAUGCCUGCAGCACGGAAGGUGGAAGCACCAAACCUGCUGUAUCAUCUGCAACUAGUGGAUCGGUUGCUAGCAUGGCGGGAGCACCUGAAUUGAGUAAAACAGUAACAAUGUCUGGCAAGAAGAAGCGCAAGCAGGAAGCUGCCAUUGGGGUUAUCAUUCCAAUAACUUCAUAUGGUGCAUCCGACAGUAGCUCAUCUGAGGGUAGCGACGAGACUUAUUCAGUUCAGAGGGCACAACGGAAGAGGCAUCCUUCCAAGCGGCUGAAGGUUGCUGCCAAGAAGUCGCGUAGGGAGUCGCCACCACUGGUUGCCUAUGGACCACAGCUGCCAGACUCUGUGCUCACUCAAGGAGAAGAGCCUGUGUACGGUCCCCAGCUGCCAGAUGCUCCCGACUCCAUGGAAGUAACAGUUUAUGGUCCACACUUGCCAGAGGAGGAGAAAGUUGUCUAUGGGCCACACCUGCCAGAGGAGAUAAGAGCCGUGUACGGUCCGCACUUGCCGGAGCCUGAAGAGAGGGUUGUGUACGGACCACACUUGCCGGAGCCCGGUGAACCUGAAUUUCAUCAGCCCCCCAUUUUAAUUGGUCCACAGCUGCCUGAGUUCCACGAGUUCGCGACCGAAAAGCCCAGUACCAGUGUGUUUAUUGGCCCAUUGCUUCCAGAUGGAUUCUAUGAGAAACGAUCGGAGUGUUGUGAGGAAGAGAAACCCACGGUUCAAAAACCAUGUCCAAGGUUAGAAGAUACUUCGGCUCACUGCAUGGAAUUGGGCGAACCCAUAGCUGCAUCUGAGGCAACCAGUGCUCAAGGAACCCAAGCUGGGGAAACUGUACAGGAAAGUAUGCAUUCUCCUGCGGCCGCCAGAGAGACUUCUGGUGCUCCUGAUGAAACGACGGUUAGUGCAGUGCCGGCAUUGUCUGGCCUGGUGGAUUACCCUGGUUCUCCUGUCGCUGACAGUGAAACAGAUGAUGAGGGGAAAGAUACGGAAGAUAAAAAGGUGUUGACACCAGCCCCAAACACUGAAAAGGAGUCAACUAUUGUGAACUAUCCUGUCAUGACUAGUGGAAAGCUCCAGUUUGAAGCAGUUGUGCAGGAUGUGCCUAAAAAAGUGGUGUCUCAAGGUGUUAGUCAAGGCAGUUCCAAUGCUCGUGUCAGCUCCUUGGCUGUAGCAGGACAGCUGAAGUCAAAACAAACAAAGGAGGCAAAGAAGGGAUCGCAGCACCUGGUUUCUUAUGGCGACUCGGAGAGCAGUGAUGACGACAGCAUGGAUGUAAAUGCUACUGCUACGGAGCCGCCACUUCCCUCCACAGCUCGACCAGCCCUCCCUUCAGCAGCGGAUGAGGAAGACGAAGAGGAAAAGCAUGUGGGCCUUGGUUGCUCCAAUAGAGAUGCCAUGGAUGCACAUGUUACAGAUGACAAGAACCCUCCACCAGCAAAGCCAUUUGUUGGAGUCAACUUUGUCAGAUCAUCUGAGUUGCUUGUGUUGAGUGAAUGUGCAGCUCAGGGUGACGGUGCAACUGAAGAGAAGACAAAAGAGGCUGAGAAAGAACAGUCUCCUUGCUCGGAGAGAAGUACUGGCAACGAAAGCUUGGCCUCCCCACAAGGACAGACGACACCGAAUGAUUCCGAAGUGGAUGAUUUCGAUGAUGUCGUGCGGGCACUUGACAUUGCUUUGUUAGAGUCGCAAAAGAAAAAAACCCAGGAGGACAGUACAAAGCAUGAAGACUUGUCCAAUGCUGUGAAAAAAGAAUUGUCCAGUGACACAAGUGAAGAAGAAGGCGAAAUAAGGUCUUCUGAAUCAUCCAGUGAAGAAGGAAUGACACCUAUGCAUCAUAGUAGUUCAGACUCUGAAGAUGAACCAGAAGUUGAUGCCAGAGUAAUGAAAGACAAACCAUCUAGGAGAACAGGCACAUCUCCCAAGCCUGAGAGUAAGGAUGCACUUAAGCUGGAUAUCGAAGAGGCUUACAAGCAGCUGACGGACCAAUUGAAUCCUCUGCGAGAUGUCAUAGCCUGCAGGAACAGCUACUUUGAACUUGUCGUGAAGACUAUGACUCGUAUGGAGGACUGGCGUGCGGGUGCAUUGGGCUCUGACUACUUCCUGCAAAAGUUACAUGAUGCUCGUGCUGCUGCCGCUGAGCUUCACCAACUGGUCCAGGCUGCCGAGAAAACACAGAGCGAUGAACCUUGCCAAGAACCGUUACCGCCUGGCUGGCAGAGGCACUGGGACAGUGGGCACGCAAGAUAUUUUUAUGUGCACGAGGAAACGGGCCAUUCCCAGUGGGUGACUCCAACUGUAACAGAUGCCAGCAGCGGCACGCUCGAUUCCACCUCUCCUACGACUGACACAGGAGUGGAUACUGACAAGUCCUCCGCUGCGUUACUGCUGCAGCCACCACCGCCUCCACCACCAGAGACAGAUGAGGCACCUGUGGAGACUGCCACCAAGCAAGAAGACGAAACAGAAGUAGACGGUAAGGUGGACGAGAAACUGGACGGUACAAGCCUCGAUGCUGCCGAAGCUGCCUUCUACUCAAGUUUUGUGAUGUCUGCGGAGCCUGUGAUUAACGCUGCUCAGACAGACUGUGGUGACGGAGGGCUUACAGCCGGGGUUGCAGCGCCUGUAGAUGCAGUGCCUGUAAAUGCACCACCUGUAAAUGCAGCACCUGUGGAUGAAGCCAGUGUUCCCACCGUCGCAGCUCCAAAGAAGAAGAAGACAAAGGUGUCCUCUGGACUGACUCUCCGCAAGAAAAACAUCCCAACGCUCCUUCAGAAGUGGGAGAAGAUUAAGGAAGAACAGAAACGAGGCAUGUCAAGCUGACAAGGGGAACAUGAAAUAAUGUGAAAGUUGGCAGCCAUCGCAGAAGAGAUCGACACGUCGGUUGCAUGGAUUUUUAUUCAUGCUUGUACAUAUAACUCAUUGUACAAAGAACAUAAUAAAGUAUGAAACAUUGCA